AUGUCAGGAAAGGAUCGGCUUCCCAUUUUCCCAUCGCGAGGGGCGCUGAUGGUGGUGAAGAAUCGCCUGGCGAGUGCCCAACGAGGUCAUGAUCUGCUGAAGCAGAAGUCAGAAGUUCUGGAAAUGCGCUUCCGCCAAAUCCUCAGCAACAUCUUCGCGAUGAAGUCACUCAUGGGGGAAGUGAUGAAGGAAGCCGCUUUCUCGAUGACCGAAGCCAAAUUCGCCACGGGAGAUUUCGGCCAAAUUGUCCUGGAAAAUGCCACUCAGGCGCAGAUGAAGAUCCUCACGCGGCGGGAAGAUGUCGCUGGUGUGUCUUUGCCGGUGUUUGAAGUGAUUCAAGAUGGUGCGGACGUGUAUGAAUUGAUUGGAUUGUCGCGUGGCGGCGAGAAGAUCAGCAAGUUGAAGCAGAAUUACCAGAAUGCAGUGAAAUUGCUGGUGGAUUUGGCCACACAGCAGACGGCUUUUCUCAAACUCGACGACAUCGUCAAGACCACGAACAGACGCGUGAAUGCAAUUGAAUACUUUGUCAUUCCGCGCAUUGAACGCACGCUGACUUACAUCAUUUCUGAGCUGGACGAGAUGGAGCGCGAAGAUUUCUACAGACUGAAGAAGAUCCGAGACAAGAAGAUGGCGAAGGCACAAAUUGACCUGCUUGUCGGGGAAAAUCUUGGCGAUUCUUCUGAGGAAAUGUAAAAUCUUUUGGAUAUUCCAGUAUAAAUUUAAAAAAAAAU